AUGGACCAUCUACUCCACCUAGACACAGAUGUCGUCUGCCUUCUGGCAAACCUUGACGCUUAUGACUACAUCAUUGUCGGAAGCGGAUUUGGUGGAGGGCCAUUGGCUGAAGCCCUCGCCUGCAAGCAGUACAAGGUCCUGCUGAUUGAACGUGGAGGCGUCAUCUUCUCUACCCACGUCCUUAAUACCUCCCGUCCUUACUACAACCGUGGCUCUAGCAACUCUCCAGAGGGCAACGAGCGUGUCUACGACGCUGUAAAGGCCAAGGUUCAGCUGACUGAUCGAUCUGAUAGCUACGUCGGCGGACCAGUCUAUUGUGUCGGUGGCCGCACUAACCUCUGGGGUACAUGGAUCCCAGAGAUUGGUGAUGAGACCCUCAACAAGUAUUUUCCCUCCGACGUUGUCAAGUACCUCAAGGACAAGGAUGAACAGUCCCAGGGCUACCAAAAAGCUUAUGGCUACUUGACUGAUGAUGAUCCUCGCGAUGGCAUCUAUCCCGAAGGCGAUGGCGCCCACGAAGUGAGCGCUGAAGACAUUGGUCUUGCCAGUCAGAAACUUAACAACGCCUUGUCAGGAUCCCAGUUCGGUAUUAUGCCUAUUGCUGCCCAGUUUAACGCCCCGGCGCCUUACAAGUUCGCUCAAGGUGCCUUCAGUACCACCCUUGCAAUCAUGAACAGGAUGUAUGCCAACGACCAGUAUCUUUCUGUUCUUCUCGAUACAGAGGUCAUUGCUGUCCAGCAAACUACUGACAAUGCUACUGAGAAGAGAGUACAUGCACUCCAGAUCAGAGACAAAGCAACUGGCACCAUCAAAGAGCUCGGCGUUGGAAAAGCCAAAGUCAUCCUUUCUGCCGGAACCAUUGGUACUGCGUCGAUCGCCUUGAACAGUGGUCUGCAAAAGGCAAACGACCUUGUUGGAAAGGGCCUCAUCGACCACAACGUCUGCUAUGCACGAUUCGCCAAAGAAAAGGACGCCGGUAUCACUGAGAAGCCUCUCAACCUCAAGACCCAUCUCAAGGUCGGCGGAGAAGAGUGUCUCGUCACGGUGACUAUCAAUGCCAACUUCUUCCUCGCUGGAAGUUCUGCGUCGCUCAACACUACGCACUUCUACGACAGGAAGGGCAAGCUUACAAAGCCAAAGGACCCCGAGAAUGAACAGAAGAACUAUGACACUAUCUGUGUUCUGUUCGAGUUCGUUGGCCAACUUGACAAUGACAAUUCUGUCCUCAGCAUCCCUGGCUUGGAUCCUGUACUCGACAUCCGACGAGCGCCCCUCAAGCACGAAGUUCAGUGCGCCAUGGAGGACAUUGUACGCAACGUCAGAGAUGCCUUUGUCGACGCGCAGCCCUUCACGUCUCCUACCACGGGCAAAGAGCUAUGUGCUGACCCUGGUCUUCGUCCACAGCAUCUGGGCUUUGGUGUGUUUUCUCACGAGUGUGGUACCAUGCGCAUGGAUGGUCCGAACGGGGGAGGUGUGGUGGACUCCAAUCUGAAGGUCAAGGGAAUCGAUAAUCUGUGGAUUUGCGAUUUGUCCGUCAUGCCUGUCAGCCCAGAGGCAAACCCUUCGCUUACUCUGGCUGCGCUCUCCUUGAGAUUGGCUGAGCAUUUGAGCGGCAACGCUGAGUAA